UUAACCGUAUUUAAGUGCAACAUUGGCCAUUGCGACCUUUUCCAAUUUCCGGACCUCUCUGAGUUGAAAGAAUACUAGAUGAUGAUCUUAAAAGUAAAAUUUGCCCAACUGGGUGAGCUGCAUAAAGACAUUAGAGAGAUUUCAGGAUCUUCUCAAGAUCCAAAUUCCAGAUUGGGUAUUAAAUCCAUUUCUGAACACUUGGAAUGAGGAAUUAACAGGAAGAAUUGAGGAAGAACGGAUUGAGCUACAAAAUGACUUUGAGCUGAAGCUGAAGUUCAAAGAAUUAUAUCAAGACUUUUGGUUACAGAAAGAAAUCUCUGAAUGCUAUCCUGCACUGUGGAAAAAGGACAAGGUAUUCUUUAUUGUCUUUCCAAUAUCAUAUUUAGUGGAGCACAGUUUCAUUGCAGUCACCCAACUUCUUUCAAAGCAAUGAGCAGACUGUAAAUUACUGAUCUGAGGCUCCCUCUGAGUGAGAUACAGCCUGAUGUUGAGAAGCGGAUAUCACUGCACCAAGCCCAUCCAUCUCACUGAAAGACUUUGUGUUGCCAAACAAGGCUAUGUUGUCGACUCGAAGGCACAGGGGACUGCAGAUGCUGGGAAUCUGGAGCAACAAGCAAUCUGCUGGAGGAACACAGCAAAAGGAGCCUCAUAAAAAGGAGAAGGGAAAUGAUACCAUUUGACCUACUGAGCUCCUCCAGCAGAUCGUUUGUUGUGUUAUUUAAUUGGUGCAUUCCUAUGUUCAAAGGACAAGGUCUCUAUCCACAGGUUGAUGGCCUCAUUUUCUUGAUUAGGGGAGCUCAGAAGCCUUUCACAGAAAUAAUCAAAGCUAAUAUAGGUGAUGCUCAUGCUAUGGGGCAGCAGCCAAUCACAUUUCUGAGACAGGUUGUUGCUCUUUGUACUUGUCCUGAACUGAUUGAUAGUCCUGACUUUCCUGCUGAUGCAAAAGAGAGAGCCCAACGUAUCUUACAGGAUUGUGGAGGACAUAGUCUAGGUUCUUACAGUGCAAGCCAGGGUCUGAAUUGUAUAAGACAAGAUGUUGCAAAAUAUGUAAAGUCAAGAGAUGGAGGAGUUCCUGUAGAUCCUAAUAAUAUUUAUAUUACCACUGGAGCAAGUGAUGGAAUAAUGUCUGUUUUGAAACUCCUUUUGUCUGGAGAAGGCAGAAUGCGAACUGGGGUAAUGAUUCCAAUUCCACAGUAUCCCCUGUACUCUGCAGCCAUCUCAGAGCUAGGUGCUGUCCAAGUCAACUAUUACCUGGAUGAAGAAAAUAAUUGGGCUCUGGAUAAAAGUGAAUUGAAGCGAAGCUUGAACGAGGCCAAAGAGUAUUGCUUACCUAAAGUUCUUUGCAUUAUUAACCCCGGAAACCCUACUGGCCAAGUCCAAAGCAAAAAAUGUAUUGAGGAUGUGAUUCGUUUCGCUUAUGAAGAAAAACUCUUCCUUCUGGCUGAUGAGGUUUAUCAGGAAAAUAUAUAUUCAGAAGGAUGUACAUUUCACUCAUUUAAGAAAGUACUGUAUGAGAUGGGUGUUGAGUACUUCAAUACAGUGGAAUUGGCCUCUUUUCAUUCCACAUCUAAAGGAUACACAGGAGAGUGUGGAUUUAGAGGUGGCUAUAUGGAAGUUAUCAACAUGGACCCUGAGGUUAAGGCUCAUUUUGAAAAACUGCUCUCGGUUCGUCUCUGUCCCCCUGUUCCAGGGCAAGUAGCCAUGGAUGUUGUGGUAAAUCCUCCAAAGCCUGGAGAGGAAUCUUACAACACAUUUAAAAUGGAGAAAAUGAUGGUAUUGCAAAAUCUUGCUGAGAAAGCUAAGUUAACGGAAGAAGUCUUGAAUACCAUUCCUGGAAUGCACUGCAACCCUUUGCAAGGUGCAAUGUAUGCAUUUCCAAGAAUUUUUAUUCCUGCCAAAGCUAUCAGAGAAGCCCAGGCCAGUGGGAUGGCUCCAGAUAUGUUUUACUGCAUGAAGCUCUUGGAGGAAACUGGAAUCUGUGUGGUACCUGGCAGUGGAUUUGGACAAAAGGAAGGAACUCACCAUUUCAGAAUGACUAUUCUUCUUCCAAUUGAGAAGCUAAAAGUGCUGUUGCAGAGUGUAAAGGAUUUUCAUGGUAAAUUUCUUCAGAAAUAUGCAUGAACACUGUUGAUAUUGUUUACUGGAGAAAUCCACACUGUUAUUGUUAAUCCAUCCGUCAGUCCUACCAAAAUGUCAAAUUGACAUUUACUAAAAAAAAAGUGGAAAUUGCUGCAACUGUUUGCCAGUUUGGUAUUGUGAAUACCAUUAUUUUGUAUAACUCUUUUGCAUUUUUUAGAAUACUUCUGUUUACAGUGAAAUAGUAAUGCUGGAAUUCUUUUGUACUUUUUGGUAGUUUUUUUUAUUGAACAAACUAGCAUCCUCAUAUCUGGUACUAGAAAUGUUGCAGAAAUUCAAGCCUCUAAUCUGAAAUUGCCAGAAGUAUUUACUGGUAGUGCCUUAUUUUGUCAUUCUCAUAUCUCAAUACAUUAAGUUGACUCAAACAGAUUUGCAUUUGUACUGUAUCCUCACCAUAUGUGAACUUUUUACUGUGAAUGCUGUUGCAUGUUCAGCAAAAUAUUUGCUAAUAAAAAUCUCUCCGGGUUGACUAACAGAAUGUUAACUUUAACACUGCCAAGCAAAUGGAUUUUAUCAUAAUUGAAAACAUAUGGCAGAAGAUUCUGUCACAAACCCUUUGAAUAAUCAAGAUGCAACAUUUACAGGGAUGAGUAUUUAUAAGUGGCCAGUCUUUGUAAAUUAUGAAACUGAACUUAUUUCUUUUCAUGGCCUUUCAUGUAGAUAGAUUCAGAAAUAUAAAAUAAAGAUUGGUUUCCCAAAUAUGACUGCUAAGAUUCUUUUUUUUUAAAAUGUGAUUUUCAAAUGGCUUUCUGUCCACUAUGGAAAUAUUUUCUAUUUGCUUCAGUUAAUAUAGGUGUCAAAAUGAGCUGCAUAUGUGCUGUGCUUCCAAUUUAAGCAAAGUGGACUUUCCAAAUUGUUAAACGUCUAAAGUUCUGUCUUUGAUUUAAUGUCAGACACAUUAUAUCAGGGGUGACCUACCUUUUAAUGUGUCAAUUUUUUCACGCAUGAAUUCAG